GUCAACAUCCCUGCUCCCAGCUCAGUCAGCUGAAAUCCAGAGCCCGGCUCGGAGGCUCCGAGGGCGCGCAGACAAACGCAGCAGCUUCACUCUAGAGAAGGGCAUGGAAUCGGGACCUCGCACUCCGAACGGCACGAGUUUUCUAAAAAAAGACCCGGGAAUACUUUAAAACGUCCUUGUAGGCUUGCUUUGUGGAGUGGCCCUUUUAGCUGUGCUGUUGGUGACGGGACUUGAGAGCCUUUCUUCUGUUACCGCAGCAUUUCUGACACGGAUCAUGCCCCCUAAAUAGCAGCCUCGGGCUCCUCUCCACUCCCCCUCCCUUGCCCCUCAGCCCCUUCCUCUACCUUCCUGGUCCAGCUCCAUCACUGCCACCUUCGCCUCUUCAGCCGCCAUGCCACCCAGGAAGAGGACGAGGCAGGGUCUGGGCUUCCUGUGCUGCUUCGGCAGCAGCGAGCCCCUGGAGAUCAACCUGAAAGACACGGUGCCGCUGCAGCUGCUGGAGUUCAGCUCCCCAAUGCCUCCCGUGGAGGAGCUGCACGCUCGAUUCUCUGAACUUGUGGACGAGCUGGACUUAACAGAUAAGAACAGAGAGGCCAUGUUCGCUCUGCCCGACGAGAAGAAAUGGCAGAUCUACUGCAGCAAGAAGAAGGAGCAAGAGGACCCCAACAAGUUGGCCACCAGCUGGCCGGACUACUAUAUCGACCGCAUCAACUCCAUGGCGGCUAUGCAGACGUUGUUUGCCUUCGACGAGGAGGAGAUGGAAAUGAGGAACAAGGUGGUGGAAGAUCUGAAGACGGCACUCCGAACUCAGCCGAUGAGGUUUGUGACACGCUUCAUCGAACUCGACGGACUCACGUGCCUGCUCAACUUCCUGCGCAGCAUGGACUACGAGACGUCCGAGAGCCGAAUCCACACCUCCGUCAUCGGCUGCAUCAAGGCCCUGAUGAACAACUCGCAGGGCCGCGCCCACGUCCUGGCCCACCCUCAGAGCAUCAACACCAUCUCCCAGAGCCUACGGACUGAGAACAUCAAAACCAAAGUGGCGGUGCUGGAGAUUCUUGGGGCCGUUUGUUUGGUACCUGACGGCCAUAAGAAGGUGCUGCAGGCGAUGGCGCAUUACCAAAAGUAUGCUGCUGAGAGGACUCGCUUCCAGACUCUCCUGAACGAGCUGGACAGAGGCACGGGUCGCUACAGAGAUGAGGUCAACUUAAAGACCGCCAUCAUGUCCUUCAUCAACGCUGUGCUCAACGCAGGAGCCGGAGAGGACAGUCUGGAGUUUCGCCUCCAUCUGAGGUACGAGUUCUUGAUGUUGGGGAUUCAGCCGGUCAUCGAUAAGCUGAGAGAGCAUGAAAAUGCCACUCUGGACAGGCAUCUGGACUUCUUUGAAAUGGUGCGAAACGAGGAUGACUCGGAGUUGGCCAAAAGAUUUGACACACCCCACGUGGACACGAAGAGUGCCGGCGCCAUGUUUGAGCUGGUCAAGAAGAAACUGAGCCACACGGAUUCCUACCCACACCUCCUCUCCAUCCUGCAGCACUGCCUGCAGAUGCCAUAUAAACGCGGCGCUUGCAGCCUGCAGCACUGGCAGCUGUUGGACAGGAUCCUGCAGCAGAUCGUCCUGCAGGAUGAUAAAGGAGAGAACCCGGAUGUUGCACCUCUGGAGAACUUCAGUGUUAAGAACAUCAUUCGCAUGCUGGUCAAUGAAAACGAGGUGAAGCUGUGGCGCGAGCAGGCGGAGAAGUUCAGGAGAGAUCACGCAGAGCUGCUAGCUAAGCUGGAGAGGAAAGAGAGAGAGUGCGAGACAAAGACUCAGGAGAAGGAGGACAUGAUGAAGACCCUGAACAAGAUGAAGGACAAGCUCCAGCGAGAGGGUGUGGAGCUGCGUUCAGCCAGGGAGCAGGUCCUGGAUUUGUCGUCGCGGAUCCACGACAUCGCCCAGAGCAACAACAUGUCUUUACCUCCUCCACCUCCACCUCCUGGAGCCCCCACGGCUCCGCCUCAUCCACCCAUGUCAGGUGGUUUUCCUCCACCACCUCCUCCUCUUCCGUUCAACUGCCCUCCUCCUCCACCUCCUCCUCCUGGAGCACCGCCUCCCCCGCCUGGUGCUCCUCCCAUUUUUGGAGCCCCGCCUCCUCCUAUUCCCUCAUCUUUUAACUCCGUGAGCACGAUGCGAUCCAAGUCCAUCCCUCAGCCUUCUCAUCCUCUAAAGUCCUUCAACUGGGCCAAACUGGGAGAGAAUAUGGUCAACGGCACCAUCUGGAACGACAUCGACGACUUGAGAGCUUUCAAGAUCCUCGACCUGAAGGACAUCGAGAAGAUGUUCUCAGCGUAUCAGAGACAGCAGGACCUGCUAACUAACCAGUCCUUCAAACAGAAAGAGACGGGCUCUAUGGACGACAUUUACGUGAGCACGCGGAAGGUCAAAGAGCUGUCGGUUAUCGAUGGCAGACGUGCACAGAACUGUGUCAUCCUUCUUUCAAAGUUAAAAAUGACAAAUGAAGAGAUUAAAAGGGCGAUAUUAGAGAUGGAUGAGCGAGAGGAGCUGGCUAAGGAUAUGCUGGAGCAGCUGCUGAAGUUCAUCCCAGAGAAAAGUGACAUUGACCUUUUGGAGGAGCACAAACACGAGCUGGAGAGGAUGGCGCGGGCGGACCGCUUCCUCUUUGAAAUGAGCAGGAUCGACCACUACCAGCAGAGACUGCAGGCUCUGUUCUUUAAGAAGAAGUUUGCAGAGCGUUUAGCUGAAACCAAGCCCAAGGUUGAAGCCAUCCUGAAUGCGUCCGUGGAGGUGGUCCGGAGCAAGCGCCUGACUCAGGUCCUGGAGGUGGUGUUGGCCUUUGGGAACUUCAUGAAUAAAGGUCAGAGGGGGAACGCCUACGGAUUCAAGGUGUCCAGCCUGAACAAGAUCGCCGACACCAAGUCGAGCAUUGACAGGAGCAUCACCAUGCUGCACUACUUGAUCAUGAUCUUCGAGAAGAACUACACGGACACGCUGCUGAUCCAGGAGGACCUGAGGAGCGUUCCCGAGGCUGCUAAAGUCAAUUUGUCAGAGCUGGAGAAAGAAGUGCACAGCAUAAAGAGUGGCCUGAAGGCACUGGAGGCGGAGCUGCACUACCAGCAGAGCAGGACGAGGGAGCGUGGGGAUAAGUUUGUGGCUGUGAUCAGUGACUUCAUAACCGUGGCUGGUUUCAGCUUCUCUGAGCUGGAGGAUCAGCUGAGCGAAGCCAAGGAAAAGUUUGGCAAAUCCCUGAAGCACUUUGGGGAGGAAGAAGGGAGAAUGCAGCCUGAUGAGUUCUUCGGGAUCUUUGACACCUUCUUGCAGUCGUUCAGCGAAGCGCGGCAAGACCUGGACAACAUGCAGCGACGCAAGGAUGAGGAGGAGCGAAGGGCACGGAUGGAGGCCAUGCUGAAGGAGCAGAGGGAACGGGAGAGGCGGGCUAAGAAGGGCGGAGCCUCGGAAGAAGUGGGCGGGGAGUUUGAUGACCUGGUUUCUGCGUUACGAUCUGGUGAGGUCUUUGACAAGGACCUAAACAAAUUCAAGAGAAACCGAAAGCGCUCCGUUAACCAGCUAGGGGAGAACGGCGGCCGGGAAAGGGCCGUCACCAAGGUGAACUAUUAGACUGGAGAGAGGAAUGUGGAACAGAACAUUCAGCCAUGUCUCCGGUCACAGCUGCUGUAAGUAACAGCUGGACGGGCAUGGACGGCAACGCCGCCUAGAAGGAUGCUGAACUCUCCUCUGAUUGGUCUUGUGAAGCUAAAUCCAGCCAGACCUCUGUGACUCAUCGUGCUUCAGGUUCUCCAUACGCAUCACACCACGUCACUCCUCCUCGUUUAACCUUCACUGUACCUCCUUACUCUCCUUGGUGCUGAAAUGUUCCUAAAGUUCCAGUUCCUGACUCUAAGACUCAUGGGACGUUGGAAUCAGACGCUACGUUGUACAUAGAGACCAAGAGAAAAGACUGGAAAAGGGACAGUGAAAGCCUAAAUUUAGUAAAAACGGAACCAAUCCCAAACUUCCAAAGUCACUGGUUCCCUUUUUCCUGAGAGAAAAUACUUCACAAAGACAGAUGAGACGGACUUGGAGUCAACGAGAGAAGGUUGUUGCCUCAGAGCAGAGGAUUCAUCCCAACGAGCACCCAGCAGUCCCAGUAAACCAUCCCAACUGUGAGCUUCCCACAAAUCAAACGGAAACGACUCUGAUCCGCCUGACAGGGUCCGGGUCGGGUAACACUCCUGAUGAAACGUCAGCCGUGGAUUCAGGCUCGACUCCUGGAUGGUUUCAGGAUGGCCGUGGCAUCGAGCGGUGCCAAAGCAGCAAGAACACAAAUGUACAUGUACUAAUACUAAGUGUACUGCAGUUAGGGGUGGGUAUACAUUUAUACUUAGAGGCAGACAAGCAAAUUGCAAAGAUGUAGAAGUUUUUUGUGUUGGGAUUUUGUACACGAUGCAUUCGCUGAGGAUGUUGCGAUUUCACGCUGCCGCUGAAGUGAAUUUCUACACUUUUUCACACCUUCAUGUCUUGUUUGCACUGUGGCUUUUCGGACUAACUCAAACGUACUUAAGCUGAUGAAGGAACGCCGUAAAACCCGACUAAACUCAUCAUUCCGGUGUGCUCCGAGCUCUGCUGCACUCACUUCAGUUUUUAUCUGACUUUAUUUUUCUUUACCGUCACUUUCUGAGAAAUCAUUCAACCGCUUUCUUUUUUUUUUUUUGCCAAAUCACACAAUGUGAUUGGUACGUUACAACUAUUGAUUAUUUGACUUAAUUUCGCUCAUUCUGUUGUGGAUUUAGUGAAAAUAUAACAGAUUUCACUCAACAAGCCCAAACUUUUCUGCUUCUGCAGUUUUAGUUUAAUUUGAGCAACUAGUUGCCAAAAAAAAAACUCCUGUCUGAUCAUUUCCUUGGUGUCAGACUUGUGUACAAAAUGUAAAAGCGUCUUCAAAGCCUAGGCAGCAGGAAGGAAGGAAGCUGUUCAUCUUUUGGCCAAAUAAAAACCUACAUUUUGCUGCCUUUGAUUGUAAAAACUGGAGGCAGAAUGAGUUGUGGCUUUGCAGGAAAAGAAACGUCUCCAGGUCAACGCUGCAGGACGAGGUUAUAAAUUAAUGUCUAAUUCUAAAAUCUCAGUCGUGUUGGGGAUUAACGAACCGUUUAAAUCAGCAGAGCUGCAGGAGUUUAGGACUAGAGGUAAAUCAUGUUGGUGCUACUUGAAUUUGGCUAUGCAUGGAUGAGAAGGGAGGCAAAAAGGCCGUUUCCAUAGUAACGGAGCUUUAUGGUUUUAUUUUACAUCGAUGAAGAAAUGUUUCUGCAGCAAUCGAGUAGAAAAUCAUUAAAAUAUGCCAAAUCUCCAUUACUGGGCAUGGCAAUCCCAGUUUUUGUCCCAAAUUUCUAAACUAUCUGGUGAUUGUUUGUAAAUGUUCACCUUUAAGUGCCUCUGAUUAUUUUUAUUUAUUUUUCUUUCCCACACCAACCAUCCUUCUGUAAUUCUGUGCUUGUUGUUUUCCACAAAUCAGUGUUUGCUCACUUGGAGCUGGGGAACUAGCGCCCUCUUGUGGCCAAAGGGGAUUUGCUUUAUUUUCUAGGCCAAAAUUAUACAAAUAAAUAAAUGUGCCCAAAUUUCAAGAGUUUGACAGCAUCAGACAGAGUUUCACACUUCUUCGUGACAGGUGUGUUAUCAUAAAGGAUUGUUAGAUUAGCCCUUAGCUUUAUUUUAGCUGCUACACUGUGAGACGCCAUCGUAUUCGAUAAAAACAGCCUGAUGUGAAGUUGAAGCGAUGCAGAGGAUCCUAAACUCAGUUUUUAAAGAACAAUUAAAUGAACCUGUAAACCAAAUUCAGUCACUUUAAAAUAGAGACAUUUCUCUUCUUAAACCAGCAUCUUUAUGUAGUUUUGAACUUGUUUUCUAACCUCUGCCCCUUUCAACUUUAAAUCGGUCUCCAAAUCAAGCAUCAGCUGAUCAUUUCCAGCUCUUCGUUCAGAGCUUUAACAUGUUGUAGAGCGGAGUGUUUACGGAGGGGUGUUUGCAAAAAUGUCAGUAUUAAUACAUGUUUGUGUCGUUCCAUGUUUGGAUGUUUUUUUGGCCAUUGAUUGGCUGUUUUGAAGUGUAAAGAUGGAAAUCAGAGGAAAGAAACUGGUAGCUUGUUCGAUGCACUUUCAUGAUGGGACAUUUCUUCUUUCAGCAUCAUUGGAGGGCUUGGCUCCCUCUGGUGGUGAGAAGGGUGCAACGAAACAGUGGUGCAAAUGAAAGGGUGAGUGGAGGAGAAACAGCGAUGGGCUAGGUGAGGUGGAGGAUGCUGGCUGGACCGGAAACGCACCAGCAGCCGGUCUGACAGGCAGAGACAGGAAUAUGUGAGGGAUGUGGAAACUAAAAGAGGACACUCUUACGGAGCAGGAUGUUCAGGGUUUAAAGUAAGCGGGUUGCAGGUGGGUUCUGUCACCAUCACGUUUCUGUCAUUUCAUGCACAAAGCAUUGAUCUGCAUGGCUAAAGAUGGUUUGGAUGUGUUGUUCCUUUGCAAAUAGAAGCACACCCGUCACACCACGGUUUGUACCGCCUGAGAAAAGUUGCACCCGUUCUUUAAGGUUGUAUAAUUGUGAGGAAUCAGUAUUUUCGUGGUUGGAAACACUAAAUCCUCCACUAAAAAUGUACAGUUGGAAACAUUUUGUACACCUUUGUUGAUGUUUGAGACGAGAUAAAGAUGAAAACAUUGAGGAAUGUUCCAUUUUCCUGUAAAUUGUACCUCUAUUUAUUUGCCUUAUUUAGUUUGCUAUAUUUUGUAUGUACACACAGCAUUACAGCAAGAUGUUAUAUUAAAGUAUGAAUCAUUGAACUGUGGCCCGUGUAUGAUGGAUAGUUCUGAGACGUGUAUAAGAAUGAACCUUUUUUCUUUGAUUUUAUUUUAUUUUUUUGUACUUUUUCUCACCCUGUGACUUUUGUAGGGUUACAAUAAACUGAUGUCUCUGAGAAA